AAGCUCCUACAGCGCGCAGGGUUGUUACAGUGUGGAUUGUGGACCUACAGAGAAAAAGUUUGCACGGGAUAUUCUAGCGCACAGGAGGAAAAGUUGUUGGGAAGAUGGCAAACAAACUACAGCAGCCUCCACACCUUCAUCUGGCGGAAUUGAGCGCCACCCAGUUCAUCGACAUCUGGAACCAUUUCGAUACCGACGGCAAUGGCUAUAUCGAGGGCAAGGAACUGGAGAACUUCUUCAGGGAGUUGGAGAUUUCACGGAAAGGGGCCAGAGUGGACCCAUCAAACUCCACUUUCAAAGAGAAGAUGAAGGAGUUCAUGCAAAAGUUUGACAAGAAUGCAGAUGGGAGAAUUGAGAUGUCUGAGCUAGCUCAGAUUUUGCCCACAGAGGAAAACUUCCUGCUUUGCUUCAGAGAGUUUGUGGGAUCCAGUUCUGAAUUCAUGGCAGCAUGGCGACGAUACGAUACAGAUCGCAGUGGGUACAUUGAAGCUAAUGAACUGAAGGGAUUCCUCUCAGACCUGCUGAAGAAAGCCAACAGACAUUACGAUGACCAGAAGCUUCACGAGUACACACAGACAAUACUCAAGAUGUUUGAUCUAAACGGAGAUGGGAAGCUGGGCCUGUCUGAAAUGGCGAGGCUUCUCCCAGUUCAGGAAAAUUUCUUACUGAAAUUCCAGGAUAUCAAGCUGACCUCUGAGCAGUUCAGUGCUAUCUUCACAUUCUACGACAAGGAUGGAAACGGCUACAUUGAUGAGCAGGAGCUCGAUGCUCUGUUGCGUGACCUCUAUGAAAAGAACAAAAAGGAUGUGGACACCAAAAACCUGACUGGCUACAAGAAGAGCAUCAUGGCCCUGUCGGACGGGGGCAAGCUGUAUCGCUCCGAGCUGGAGAUUGUGCUCUGCAGGGAGCCCAUGCUGUGAACCCUGACAACCAUCGCUGUCUGUUUUUUGACCUUCAUGACCCUAUCUGCCCAUUCCCAGAUCACACCCACCUCCAGCUGCCUGACGACUGUAACCAGGUGCAUGUGCAGGGCAUUCCCUUUAUGAGUUUUGAAUGAAUGUGCACUGAGAAGCACAAACCAGCUCUCCCUCACGACCCCUGUCGACACUCUUCCCUACAGACUGAUGUUGCCUUCGGCUCAAUCCCUAAACUCUACAUUUAACAAAAUGAAUAAAGAUAAUAAAAGGUACUUCUGCUAAUUAUGAUUGCAAUGUGAACAGGAGCGGAAUGAAAAUGAAUAUAAGAUGAUUUAUUCUCAAUGCUUGGUUUGACUUUCCUCUUCUCUUUUUCUCCCAAAUCCACCCUUUAAUUGGGACUUGCGACAGCAAACGUCCCACUCUAAAUCUUUGUCAUACUUCUGACUUUUUAUUAAUGGGACAUGCAUAAUGGGACUUGCGACAGCAAUAAUUAUUUCUAACUUCUAGUUAUUUUUAGAACGCUACACCUCUUACACAGUUUAAGCUAGAAACUUUUAAAUGCUUAGACAGGCCUGGAAUAGUGUGCUAUUAUACAACUUUUUGAUAACAUUUAUACUUGUUUAAACUAUUAAGUUUUUUGUUUUUCUUAUCCUCCUCCAUCAACUUUCAAGGGAUUUCCUCAACAUUCUAAAUGAGCCCAUUGUGACAUUAUGACACCAGUAGUCUUUAGGUCAUUAUCAAUAAAACGUCACAAUAUACGGUGCAGAGCAUUCGAUUUGGCUGCUGGGGGCCAAGGAGCCCUCAACUCCGCUAAAACCAUUGACAACUGCGUGCCGUUUUCAAGGGAUAAAUGCUAUAAGUAUUUGGUUUUAAUAUAAUCUCCUCUUGAAGAGAGAGUAUAGUCAGAACUACACAUUUCCGAUUAUCCCACGUUAAGCUGUAUCAUCAGAGUUAUAUAGAACGUAACUGCAUGUUUUUCAUGAUCAGUAAACAUCAAUCGAUCAUGUAUGUUCAGAUACAUGAGGGUAGCCUAUCCAUUUGGCAAGUAGCUAGGCUAGCUAGCUAAGCAAACAACGUGUCAUUUAGCCUUUCUUCAUCAGAAAUGAGGCUUUUGGAACGAGCUUUAGAUCGGUAAGUCCUCGUCGUGGUAAAGUUGUCAGUUGGACUACUGUCAUCACCCCUAUAGAUGGCGAGCAAAUCAAACAAUAUUUGGAUAUAGCCAUCUAGUUUAUCCCCUGAAAGUUAGCUCGUUAACUAGCCAUAUUUACGUGAUGUGUUAUUAACUAGCUAACCAAUUUGACGUUGUCCAUCAGUCAAUGUAGCCUAUCAUGUCUGUCAGCAGCAAUCGUGAUUUAACAUUCUUAAAAACAAUGUUGAAAAGGGGAUAACGUUAGCUUACUUCGCUAGGUAGGACUAUGUUGGUUGGAGAAAAAAAGUACAUUAGGUCCACUUACACACUAUGUUUAGACAACUGUACAACAUUUAUAUCAGUACGAUAGCUUGCAAAUUAAACAUCAGCUAACACUGAUCACGAAAAGGAUGCAGUUACUUGCUGUAUAACUCUGAUGAUAGAGCUAAAAUGUGCGUAAUUGUUUUGCAUGGAAUCAUCGGAAAUGUGUAGUUCUGACUAUGCUCUUCAUGAGGUGAUGACAUUA